AUUUUUCGCAUUCAUGCUUUUACACCGCCUGCAUUCGUUCAAUGCCUCGUAAGCCGGCAGUUAAUAGUGGCAUCAUACUCUAUGCGGGGCAUUGCUUACAGAUACAAAUACAUCGGAAACGGUUGGAUUGUGGUGCAGCCUUAACAAGAGAACGGCUUACAACGUCGGCAUGUCGUCAUCCACAACCUCGUCCAUAAAGCUUCGACCAGUCAAAUCACUCCCAUUGUCAUCCCCCACAUCAUCGUGGGCAUGGAUGAUACGGAGCUUCCAGUGGUGAUGCUUGCGUUUUGUUAGGGAGGAACCUUUGUGUUGCACUUGCACUGCUUUGCAGCUGCCGUCGAAUUGAUGGCGCCAUGUCCACGUUUCUUCGUUUCCCUCAAUUUCGGUCUCCCACUGCUACCUACCAUCCCACAGCUCUCUCUCUCUCUUCUUUAAUAAGACGUUUUGAUGCGUCCACAUCCUAGAUUACUUCAAAGCUUUCGCUCAGCUCGGAUACAAACACCUCGAUUAUUUCCUCUAGCAAGGCCUUUCUCCACAUACAGACCAAUGGCGCAAGAAUACAAGCUCAAGGGCGUUUCGUCGCUCGACCUCUCUCCAGGCUCCAAGCAGGAGGUUGAAGUUGAGGGUAUCGAGAAUGGCAAGGUUCUACUCGUCAACACUGGAGGAAAGACUCAAGCUCUAGGUUCUAAGUGCACUCAUUAUGGUGCACCUCUCGCAAAAGGUGUUUUGACUAGCGAUGGUCGCAUCACAUGCCCAUGGCACGGAGCUUGCUUCAACGCAAAGACCGGCGAUAUUGAAGAUGCCCCCGCUCUCGAUCAUCUCCCCGUCUUCCAAGUCGCCGAACGAGACGGUGCCGUGUAUCUCACUGGAGAGGAGAGUGCCAUCAAGUCAUCCAAGCGACAGCCCAAGGUCAAGUGCGCCGAAUUUGGAAGUGUUCAGGACGACCACGUCGUUGUUGUCGGUGGUGGUUCAGGAACACUGGGUGUCGUCGAGAGCCUCCGCGAGAAUGGCUACAAGGGUGGCAUCACCGUCAUCUCCAACGAGGGCUAUUACCCCAUCGAUCGAACAAAGUUGAGCAAGGCUCUCAUGACCGACCUCAGCAAGCUGCAAUGGCGAAACAAGGAUUUCUAUGAAGGUGGCUCUAUCAAGUUUGUCCAGGGCGAGGUCAACAAUGUUGACUUCUCGGGUCGUUUCGUUACCACCAGCGAAGGCGAGAAGAUUGACUACACCAAGCUGGUCCUUGCUACUGGUGGAACUCCCAGACGACUGCCGCUCGAGGGAUUCAAGAACCUCGACAACAUCUUCACUCUCCGAAGUGUUCACGACACGAAAAAGAUUGUUGACCAGAUUGGCGAGAAGGGCAAGAAGAUUGUUGUUGUUGGAUCUUCAUUCAUCGGAAUUGAAUUGGCGGUCGCGACAGCCGGCGAUAACGAUGUGACCGUCAUUGGUAUGGAGAAUGUUCCUCUUGAGCGCGUCCUCGGCGAAAAGGUUGGUUCAGGCCUCCAGAAGGCGCUUGAAGGUAAAGGUGUCAAGUUUUACAUGGGCGCAAGUGUCGACAAGGCCGAGCCCUCUGCAUCUGACGCGUCCAAGGUUGGCUCCGUAUCUCUCAAGGAUGGUACCAAGCUGGAGGCGGAUCUCGUUGUUCUUGGCGUCGGUGUCGCACCUGCUACCCAGUUCCUCAAGAACAACAGCGGCAUCAAACUGGAGGACGACGGUUCUAUCAAGACAAACGACGACUACUCUGUUCCAGGUCUGAAGGAUGUUUAUGCCAUCGGCGACAUCGCUACGUUCCCCUACCACGGCCCCGGAGGCGAAGGCAAGCACGUGCGAAUUGAGCACUGGAACGUUGCUCAAAAGGCGGGCCGCAUCGCUGCGAACCACAUUGUCAACCCAGGCGGCAAGACUGAGCACUUUAUUCCCAUUUUCUGGUCUGCCCUGGGAGCUCAACUACGGUACUGCGGCAACACAAUGGCCUCUGGCUGGGACGAUCUUGUCCUCGAGGGUAGUCCGGCCGAGAAUAAGUUUGUGGCCUACUACUGCAAGGGCGAAACGGUCGUCGCCAUGGCCAGCAUGGGAAGAGACCCAGCUAUGGCCCAGAGUGCAGAAUUAAUGCGGGUUAACAAGAUGCCCACCAAGACGGAGCUCCAAGAGGGGAUCAGUGUAGUGUAAAGCUUGGCGCGACGGGAGCGAUGCGACCGGCCGAACUAUGAUGAGGCUAUGAGCUUAGAUCGAGAUGACAGGUACAGAAUAGGAAAUUAUUUCAUCGGUAAUGAAGCUUAGUCGAGCAGAUACUUCCGAGCGUCCACUUACAUCUUACGGUGGAAGAUAAUCCCCGGGUUCGAGAAGUCAAUGACGUACGGAGCAGGGAUCGUCAUUAUGGCAUCAACUCCACAACAACACACAGUCAUGGUGACGAUACUACAUAUGACGGGUAGAAGAUUGUUAUAUGAGGUCAUGAUAAAUAAAUACGUGUUAAUAAAUACCGCCUUUUGCCGUGCCAUCAA